AUGAGUGAAUCAUUAUCAUCAGCUCCAAGUAGUAAUACAAAUAGUCUUAAAAUCAUCAUACUUGGUGAUAGUGCUGUUGGUAAAUCAAAAUUAUUAGAACGUUUUCUUGUUAAUUCUUAUGUUGGAGCACGUUAUUCAACAUAUGCUGUAAAUAUUUUUAAACAUACAGCAAAAAUUGAUGGAAAACCAAUGGAAGUUGAAUUUUGGGAUACAGCUGGUCAAGAAAAAUUUGAUAAUAUUCAUCAAUCAUAUUUUCAUCAAGCACACGCUUGUAUUAUGAUCUUCGAUGCUACACGAAAAAUAACUUACAAGAAUUUAGAUCGUUGGUAUACUGAAUUACGUGAUAUUCGUCCACAUAUUCCAUGUUUAUGUGCUGUCAAUAAAAUUGAUACAGCUAUGGAAAUAACAAAAAAAUCAUUUUCAUUUCCAAAAAAACAUGAUAUGCCAUUAUAUUAUGUUUCAGCUGCUGAUGGUACAAAUGUAGUACGACUUUUUCGUGAUUCUAUUCGUCUUGCUAAUGCUUACCGAUCAGGCGAUACAGGAGAUUUUAUUGAUCAAAUUUUACGUGAACUUGAAGAUCAACGAACAUAUGAUAAUAUUUCACAAACCAUCGAUUCAUCAUCACAUCACUAUGAAAAUCAUAAUAUACAUAUGACUUUUUUAUCAGAUAAUAGUACAAAUGAUAUACUUAAUUCAUCCAUAUCAACAUGUUUUGGUAAUUGUCGUAGUUUUGUAAAUUAUUUUUUCAAUCAUAAUAAUGAACGUUAUGAAAAAAAAUAUAAAUUUUGGUUAAAUUUACUUCUUGCUGAAGAAUGGAAUUAUUUUUAUUUAUUAAAAGAUAAAUCUCAACCAUAUGAUGAACAAGAAAAACAUAUUAAACGUAUACAUUCAACAUCAAAAUUAUCAUCUAUUCUUAUUAUCUAUUUAAAUUCAUUUAUACCAUAUAAAUCAUCAUCAUCAUUUAAUCGUACAUUAUGUCUUAAUCAUUAUGAACGUCUUCAUUGUCUUUUUAAUUCCCUAGUUGAAGUAAUUAUAUUUGAAAAUGAACAUAAUUUAUGUUUAAAUAUAAUUCAACGAAUAACUUAUUUAAUUAAUAAAAUGAAAGAUCAACAAUAUGAAAAUAUAUUUAUUCAAUUUCCAUUAUAUAUUCAACGUAUACUUAUUCUUUCAUCUAUUGACAAUUAUCGAAGUAUUAAAAUUAUGUCAAAAGAUAAAUAUACACUAAUAGAACGUAUACAACUUCAUUUAAUAUUAGGUAUUAAUAUUCAAAAAGAUAAACAUUUACUUGUUUUAUCAGUUGAACAACCACCAGGUUCAAAUACAAUUCAUAAUUAUCAUUUUGCUCAUGCUGAUAGAUCUAUUAUUAAUGAAUGGUAUCAAUUAUUAGAUAAAUAUGUGAAACAAGCGAAAUGUGAUUAUAUGAACAAGUAUCAAGAAUAUCGCAUCUAA